AUGAAAUUGGAGGGAUUCAUGAAGAGAAAAGCAGCCCGUGAAAAGAUGAUGGCCUCCGAGCCUGGUCUCAGCUUUGAUGUCGCCCGUCGGCUAGAUAGUCUGAAGCACAUGAGGGAUCAUUAUAUAGGAAAAACCAGCGAGGAAGAUAUAAACAGUUCUAUCAAUAUUAAGGCAUUGAUAGCGGCGAACCGAAGCCGCAAGAUUGACUGGUAUAAUGGAGAGAAGUUCACUAUUUGGGCAAAGGGAAAAUUAUUGCGUGGUCCAAUCGAAUUUAGUUCGGCCAAUUUGGGUGCGCUGUAUAGAGAGUACGAAGAUACUGAUGGUCUAUGGGACGCUUCUUCUGGACGCUCCUUUUUCGGAAAUGUUGAGACGAUUCCACCGGCAAUGGGUGCAGGUCGUGGCUUAACUCAACAUUACGUUACUUUUGCUUUGAAGGUUCCCGGGACUGGCGAUGAGCUUGCUUCGAUCGCGGAGUUCCGAGAUGAUACUGGAGCAGCGGCACCUGUGCCACCUAGCGAUGGUCAACGAUCAUGUAGCCUCAGUGGAGCGUGGUGGCGACAUAUGCUCUAUACUGCUACAGUUCCUGAUAAUCGUAAGCGAUUAUAUGCAGCACAAGAAAAAGGAGAGCUCUGUGAUGCGAUUCCUAGAGUGGAUUGGAUGAUAGCUCGAGCACCUACGGUACCUCCUACUCGCGAACCCUCCAUUGGGCUUGAGUCUGCGCCUGCGCCAGUAUAUCAGCAAAGCAGAGAAAAUUCCAGACCUCUUGAGCCUUGGAUGCCGGACGAUUACCAGCCAGGAAAUUUGCGACCGCCUACUUAUCUUCAGUACUUGGAGUGGCUGGAAGGUCACAAUAGGGACCUACCAGAAGGCGAGGAGCGACUGAUACCUACCUGGGACAAUUAUCAGCAACAUCGACUUAUUCAAGCGCACUGGACGACACAGAGAGAUGCAAGGAUGCAGCCACCAACAUGGGACCAGUAUGUAGCCUAUGUCCACCGCCAAAAUCUCGCGACAGAAGCAGAAACACCACUUGCCAUGCAACCCCGAUACAUGACCUCCGAUCUCCCUGGGUACUUUGAAUACAGGCUUGAUCAGAGGAAUUGGACCGCUGAAGCAGAGGGGAAUUCAGAUAACAAUGAAUGUCUUGUACAAUGA